AAAGACGCGACGUCCCAGUUCUGCUGUUAUAAAUGUGGCCUGAUCCGGACCGCAGGUACCGGAGAAUGAGAGAGGCACUAGUGAGACAUCACACGACAAGACAUUGGACCUGUCAGUCCUUUAGUUUUUAUUUCAAUUUCCUCGUUUCUCCAGGUGUGUUAUAGUAGUAGGAAAUAAGAUGGCUACGUCCGCCAGCUCCAGCUUGAGUAAAGCUGUCAAGCAGCAGUACAUGGAGCUCCCUCAGGGGGAUAAAGUCCAGGUCAUGUACAUUUGGAUUGAUGGAACUGGAGAGGGGGUCCGAUGCAAAACCAGGACGCUGGAUUUUGAGCCCAAGACCAUCGAAGAUCUCCCUGAGUGGAACUUUGAUGGCUCCAGUACCUACCAGUCUGAGGGCUCAAACAGCGACAUGUAUCUGAUCCCUGCUGCCAUGUUCCGUGAUCCAUUCCGCAAAGACCCCAACAAGCUGGUCCUGUGUGAAGUGCUGAAGUACAACCGCAAACCUGCAGAAACCAACCUUCGAAUUACAUGUAAGAAGGUGAUGGAGAUGGUGGAAGACCAGCAUCCUUGGUUUGGCAUGGAGCAGGAGUACACCAUUCUGGGCACAGACGGACACCCAUUUGGCUGGCCAUCUAAUGGUUUCCCUGGACCACAAGGUCCAUACUAUUGCGGAGUGGGAGCUGACAAAGCCUAUGGCAGAGAUAUAGUGGAAGCCCAUUACAGAGCUUGUCUCUAUGCUGGAGUCCAGAUUUGUGGCACCAAUGCGGAAGUGAUGCCUGCUCAGUGGGAGUUCCAGAUUGGACCUUGUGAAGGGAUCAAUAUGGGUGACCAUCUCUGGGUGGCGCGUUUCAUCCUGCACCGUGUUUGUGAAGAUUUUGGCGUUGUCGCCUCAUUUGACCCCAAGCCAAUUCCCGGUAACUGGAACGGUGCUGGCUGCCAUACAAACUUCAGCACAAAAGACAUGAGGGAAGAAGGUGGAUUAAAAUCCAUUGAAGAUGCUAUUGAGAAGCUUGGGAAGAGGCACCGCUAUCACAUUCGUGCCUAUGACCCCAAAGGGGGGCUUGACAACGCCCGCCGUCUUACUGGCCACCAUGAAACCUCAAACAUCGACGAGUUCUCCGCAGGUGUGGCUAACCGUGGUGCCAGCAUCCGCAUUCCCCGUAAUGUCGGCCAGGAGAAGAAAGGCUACUUUGAGGACCGCCGCCCAUCGGCCAACUGUGACCCGUAUGGUGUGAUCGAGGCCCUCAUCCGCACCUGUUUGCUGAACGAGGAGGGAGACGAACCUGCGGAUUACUAAAUCCACAACUCAUGGACUGCCUCCCACUGCCCUCCUGACUUUCUUUUCUUUUAAACUAGUACUGUAUUUUUUUUUUCUCCCAUUGAGAUGAUUUUAACCUGCAUUUUAAUGGCUUAAAGUUGGCUGGUCAACUUAAAACAUGACAAGGUAAAGAGAUCCUUGGUAGUUAUGAGCAGGUAAUGGCAGGGUAUGUCUUUCCCUCGGCUUUUGAAGGGAUCGGCUUUUGUAACACGGUUUUAUAGCCCAUGUCAUCUUUCCCUUUUUGUCUGUAACUAAAAGAACUAAAGCACAUGGACACUGAACAGUAGAGCUGCUAAGGCUGGACAGCAUGUCUAACUUAAUAAAUCUGACUAGUUCAUGUUCUGUUAAUGUAUGUUGACCUGCCUUUUCAACUAUCCAGUCUUUGAUGUUACUAAUUCAUUGAUUUUAUGAAGUGUCUAUUUUUAAAUGGCAACGUUUGAUGUCAUCAGAUUUUCACACACUGGGUCAACUUGUAUGGUACACUUUGUAGAUGUCUAUACCCAGACGUAUGUUGUUCAAAUGUGGUGGAUCUGUCCAUAAUGCCAUUUGUAGAUUUCCUCAAGGAGUUUUAUCCUUUUGUUAACUGCGAUAUUGUAAUGCACCUGAUUUGGUAAAACAUCAAGUUUACUGAACCUGGUGUUUUUUAUUGAUUACAUUUAAAACUUUUAUUUUUAUCACAACAUGGCUGUAUGACUCGUGACUUUAAUAUUAAAGAGAUAGUUCAACA